AUGCUGUGGAUGGAAGAUACAUCACGUUUGGUGAGGCGUUGGGAGGAAUGUCUUGCAUCGGCCCGCUGCGACUCUGUGAAUCUCGCCACUGAGAAAGAAACAAAGGAACGGGGACAGCAAAGACAAACACAAGCAGUAGUUGCGGAAGCGGCACCUAUUGGGAUGGCGGCCCUGAAUUUAUUGUCACAAAUAGAUGGGAAGGGGAUCGAAGCUGCUACUGGUGACGGAGCGGCCCAUGAGGGGACGGAGGCCGUCCGGCUUUGCCAGAGGUUGAGCGAGAUCCUUGUGGAGGCGGUUCUUGUCAUUGUGGAGUCCUGCGCUUACUGGACGGGAAUGACGGCGACGGUGGAAGCGGUGUGUUGUGAGCUCAGGGCGGCGGCGUCUCAGGCGAAGGAACAAAAAGGUCUCGCAGAGAAGCUGUGCAGCUGGUGGGUUCGAGAGGAAAUUGCAGAACAGGGCUGGCGCUGGUGUGAGGUGCAUCUCACACUGUUGCCAGCUGAUGAAUCGGCAUGGCGCUAUGGAGCAUCUCAUGAGGUGACGGCACUCACCGAUUGGUGGUGGCGCCCCGAUGCAAUGAGUUUUGUCAGCCCACACCCUGAGCAUGAGACAACGUCGGCGGUUGCACGACCACUGCUCAAGGAAGUUUGUGCGACAAUGGCGCAGCGACGCAUUGACGACUCUUCUCUUACAGAGCUAUCCGCCGCCACAGAGCUUCUAAAGGCCUUACAUGCAUCGUCUAGGAGUCUCUUCUCUCACCGCAUAGCGGUGAGUCGUGGUGUGUUGCGACGUCUAUUCACAGUAAAAGCGACAGCUCUGUUGCAUCAAUCCCAUCUUUUGUGUUGUCUCGCCCUUCUAAGGAAUACUACUAAACCAUGUUAUCAGGAGGUAACUAAAACAAAAUAUGGUGAGAGCAAUGGUCAUGAAUUCUUGUGGGUGUCGCGUGAGUGUUUCUCGCUGGCAUGGCGAAAUCUUUUUGCAGCGAUAACGGCGUUGCAGGUGGCUACAAUGCACUUUAAUGCGUCCUGUGAAGAUUUGCGGCGACAAAUUCGUUGGGCGUUGUUUGGCGUGAAAGAGGUGGCGAACCAUAGCGAGUGUGCCUUAAUACCUUCGAAAGGUUCUUUUUAUGUCCACCCUUUUGUUGAACCAUGUGAAAACACGUGCCGUGUUACGCACGGCGUGGGGUUUAUUGCUAUUGGAAAAGUUUCUGAGGGCAGUGUCAUUUUGCAGGAACAACCGCUUCUUUUUGUUGAUGCAGCACAUCAAAACCCUACUGAGCCAGAGAUGCAAAAUACCGCAAUGUCAACUGUGGUGGCGUUGGCGCUCGAAUUGUUUCGGCGUGGCGGUAUCACAUUUAAGAGCGAUUUGGUGACGUCACAAGUGGUGGAGUCGCUUCAAAUUGGUGCUCUCUUUGGGGAGGCCACUCAAUUUGGCGCCCUUUGGGCAGCGUUGCAUCUGCUUGCCGUCAUGCAACCAGCAGGCAGUGACAGUGGUCGAUCGGAGGAGAGUUUUGCGUGCGGAAUUUCCGAUCUUUUGCACUGCUGGAAUGAGCGCGCCAUUCCAUUACGCUCCGUGGAGGACUUUAGGAUCGAUCCGCAAACCCUUUCGGGGGAAGCUAAGGCUUUGUAUUCGUUUGCUUCUUUUCUAAAUCACAGCUGCUCACCAAACGCGAUUCGCACCUUUUCUGAAGAGGGAGUUACCUGUUUUCCCGAGGGAGGCGGUACAUUGUGUGUUGUGGCCCUUCGCGAUAUUGAACCCGGUGAGGAGAUCACGGUCACAUAUCUGCCCUCGCUACUUUGUUCAAGGGAGGCAAAGCGGCAGCGGAAUGGUUUUUCCUGCCGCUGUGUUUUUUGUCUCUCGUACAGUGCACUGCUGGAGGGUGUGGUGUGCCCUGCAUGCCGACAGCUCAUUUACGAUGAUCUCGGCCACAGUGAAGAGGCUUCCUCCGUGAAGUCCACUGAUAGAGCAAGGAGGCGGUUGGCACCGUACGCCCACUCGCCUGAUUGCGCAUACGUGGGAGGUAGCCACUACAAGGAGCUUGCCGAGAACAUGACACUGGGAUUCAGGACGGCGCUUGACAAGGUACACUGCGAGCUUUUGGAAAAUCGUGGUACUGACGCCGUGAAUAAAACCGGGAAUUGCAUGCAGGAUGGCCCUGGAAAUACUCAGGGAGGGAGAAAGGAGGGAGAAGUCAGGGAAGAAGUAAAAGAAGAUGGUGGUGAUGAAAAACAAUAUGCACGGCGCGCGCAGAAGGCCGUGCGUCAGUUAAUGAAACUUGACACUUUGAUGUCGGGAUUCCCAACGACACAUCAUUAUCGAUUGCAGGCCAGGAUGGAGUGCUUGGCUACUUCUCUGAAUGCCAGCCUGACGUCGCAUGACACUACACAACUACUGCAACUAUGUGAGGGACUGCUAGUGGAUUUAGAGAUGUUGUUGCCUCGAAAUUAUCCGCUUUUAACGGGGAUACGUCUUCAUUAUGCUCUUGUACGUAGCCGUCACCUGAUUGCCACAACAGACAUCAACGAUCCUGCAGCAGACGAGUAUACGUCGGGGUGCUGCGGAGGCAUGCGUGAGCAAGCGGAAAUGAUGCGUCUGCCCUUUAUACAGGAUAAUGUCAUUCGCGAAUGCGUGGUGCGGUCGUUUCAAGAGCAUUACGUUUACACCGGCUGGCGUUUUGCUGAGGCCGACGAGCGAGAACUUCUUCAGAGUUUUUUGCAACGAUACAGGGCAGAACUGUUUGCGUGUGGCGUAGCGGAUUGCUCCCACUUUUACAUGUUGUCGCUGAUGUCUGAUGCAGAGGAGGGUGUAAACAUGUAG